AGUAGCAGCGGCAACGUUGCUAAGCGGAACUCUUUUUGCGAUUUUUUGCCCUGAAAAUUGCCCUAAAAUACAUGUAUAUCACAUUACCUACGAAAAUACAGAUGUUCAGAAUCAAUUCAUUGUUAAUUUGUCAUUGUCACGGCAUAGUGGCAAAUUCGAAAGAAAGGGAAUCGGUUUUCUCGUGGAGGCCUCACGACAAGAAAAGGUAGACUUUUGCUGCGAUUCUGUGUGUGGCAUGUACCACGGUUUCACCACAUACGCGCUGACUUCUGCAUGUCGUGCUAACUCAGAAACCGAAGAAUUCAGGUCUCGGUUCGUUCGUCCCCGUUUUCUCAUAUUUCCUCCCGUAACUGUAUAUUGUCAAGCCUGACAAGUAAAUAAAUAACCAGUUGAGGCUUCUCAAGUUGUUACCAUGUACGCUCUCAGUUUGGCUGGUGUAUCGGGGGCCGGUGUGGCUCGGCAUAUGAAACCAACACUCAGCCCCGAUGUACUGUCGUCUAAGAGCUCCACACCACGGAGCAUGAUGAGUGUCGUACCGCCGACUGGGGACUUCGAGGAACCCCAGGCACCACCACGGAAUCCGGUGGCUGAGGGUAAUUUGCGACUGCUCCAUACAGUAGAGUGUACCCAGGAUGUGAUGUGCUGUUGUUACAACGAUGACGGUACGUUGCUGGCAGUUGGAUGUGUGGACGGCAGCAUAAAGGUUUAUUCAUCGGAUACAGGUGCAGCCCUGUACAACCUGAUAGACCAGGAGACACAGGAUGCCCACCUGCCAUGCACUAGCCUUGUCUUCAGGCCGUACGUGGAGGGCGACAAGUCCCUCAACCUACUGCUUGCCACAUAUGCAAGUGGAAUGGUCAAACUGUGGCACAUUGCCACUGGAGAUUGCCUCCACACGACUCACGAGACCAGACAGACGCUGACUGUGGCCUACAACAAGGACACGUCCAUCUACAUCACGGCAGGCUCAGACGAGAAGAUCAACGUGUACGACGAUAAAACCAGAAAGAGGAUUUUUACUUGCCAGCCAAGUCCUUCCAUGAACGUGAUGGACGGUCACCGUUUCAGGGUAUUCUCUCUCAAGUUUCAUCCCAGCAAGUUAGAGGAGUUUGUGUCUGGGGGCUGGGAUGAUACAGUCCAGUUCUGGGACGUCAGGUCGGAGCACUCAAUCAGGAAAAUCUGUGGUCCUCAUGUCUGCGGUGAUGCCUUGGACAUCGACUCCUACCACAACCACAUUGUGACUGGGUCUUGGAGGAAAGACUACAAUCUACAGAUCUGGGAGUACGCCAAAGGCAAUCUGAUACGGACAGUCCCUCAAGAUUUCAAUAAUUCUCUGCUGUACUGUGCUCAGUGGCUUGGCAAAGACCACAUCCUGGUGGGAGGCUGCGAUGCCAACAUGGUCCGCGUCAUCGACAGGGGAACGCUACAGACCACUGGUAGACUGGUUGACCUGCCCCGCGGUGUCUACUGCUUGGACAACAACCGGCGGGGUGCCAUCCCAAAAUUUGUGGCAGGCUCUGCCAAGAACCUCUACUUCAUGGAGAUGAAGCAGACUUAAGAUCUGACUAAAGGCAACAUGAGACUAAGAAGUGCCUUAUUUUUGCUCAUCUGUGACACAAGAAGUUGAGUAUAAAAAACAGAAAUGCUUCUUUCCAACAUCUUCUAUACGUAUGCUGAUAUCAAACAGGCGAGUGUAUAGGCAGUGAAAGGGUUACUAAGGCCCCCCAAAAAGUCUCUGGUUUCUGGUCAGGGGUUGGCUCCAAAAGUGGUGUGGCGACGAGAGGUUUUAUUUCUGCCCUCCUUUUUUUCCCUAGAAAUGAUGUACAUGUAACACGCGAUGUCCAUUGCAACUGCAUGCGUACGUACCGCUGCUACCAGCACUGAAAUAGACUGGCCCCGUACUAUUUACUGUUGACAAGCAUUUUCAGGUUGUAGAUGUAUAAGACCACCUCGGUUGUCUGGUUCCCAGAUGUAAAUGUAUUAUACAGAAAUGACAUUAUUUGAAAAAGAGUGCCUGACUAAAUGUA